AUGGGAGCUAUUGGAGGAGGAGUCUUUCAAUCCAUCAAGGGGUUCCGCAAUGCUCCUGCAGGUGCUGCACAUAGAUUGAAGAGCAGUGUACAGGCAGUGCGCAUCAGAGCUCCACAAAUUGGAGGCAACUUUGCGGUUUGGGGUGGCCUGUUCUCGACUAUUGACUGUGGGUUGGUUCGGCUGAGAGGAAAAGAGGAUCCGUGGAACUCGAUCACUAGUGGUGCUCUGACAGGGGCGAUCCUGGCAGCACGCAGUGGACCUUUAACUAUGGUGGGCUCUGCAAUGAUGGGAGGAUUUUUGCUUGCUCUUAUUGAGGGAUUUGGGAUACUUCUAACCAGAUAUACAGCCCAACAAUUUCAGAACCCGAUGCCCUUUGCAGAGGAUCCUGAUCAGUUACUUCCAAAAGACAGAGGCCAAAAACAUGAUGAAACAUAUUAG